GACUUUUUGAUGGGUGUGUAAUUGAUCUACGCCACGAUUGGUCAAUUCUGUCCAUGUCAGCGAAGGAGAUUACUGAAGAAAAAUGACUUCAUACACAGAUAAAGGUCCGAAGCCAGAAUCUGGAAAAUUUCUGAACUUUGCCCAUGUAACAUUCUGGGUUGGAAAUGCAAAGCAGGCAGCCUCUUAUUACUGUACCCGUAUGGGAUUUGAACCAUUUGCCUACAAAGGAUUGGAGACCGGAAGUCGUGAAAUUGCAGCACACGUUGUAAAACAGAAUAAAAUUGUAUUUGCCUUCCAGUCCAUGCUCAAUCCAGAUGUACCAAAAGAAUUUGGUGCCCAUCUUGUGAAGCAUGGUGAUGGUGUGAAGGACGUAGCUUUUGAAGUAGAAGAUUUACAAGCUAUUUUCAAGAGAGCUGUAGGCAGAGGGGCUAUAGUUGUAAAGGAGCCAUGGGAAGAGAGCGAUGAGAAUGGAACGGUCAAGUUUGCUCAGGUCCAGACCUACGGAGAUACUACUCAUACAUUGAUAGACAAAUCAAAGUACAAAGGAUUGUUCUUACCAGGAUAUCAACCAUCCAAAUUCAAAGACCCACUUAGUGAUAUGCUACCAACAAUUGGUUUAAACUUCAUUGAUCACAUCGUUGGAAACCAGCCAGACGAAGAAAUGGUACCAGUAUCAGACUGGUAUGAGAAGAAUUUGAUGUUCCAUCGGUUCUGGUCUAUAGAUGAUUCUCAAAUGCACACAGAAUAUUCAGCAUUAAGAUCCAUAGUUGUAACAAACUAUGAAGAAACUAUCAAAAUGCCAAUUAAUGAACCAGCACCUGGUAAAAGGAAAAGUCAGAUUCAGGAAUAUGUGGACUUUUAUGGAGGAGCAGGUGUACAGCAUAUUGCAAUGCAGUCAGAUGAUAUUAUCAAAUCAGUAACUAAGUUACGGGAGAGAGGGAUGCUGUUUUUAGACAUACCAGAUACUUACUACAAAAAUCUCAGGGAGAGACUAAAGAAAUCUAAAUGUAAAGUCAAGGAAAAUUUAGAUACAAUACAAAAACUGAACAUUUUGAUUGAUUAUGAUGAGAAUGGUUACUUGCUACAAAUAUUUACCAAGAUAAUGCAGGACAGACCUACAUUGUUCUUAGAAGUUAUACAGAGAAAUAAUCAUCAGGGUUUUGGUGCUGGAAACUUUAAAUCAUUGUUUGAAGCCAUAGAAAUCGACCAAGCAGCAAGAGGCAACUUGUGAUCUGACGGAGACCAGACAAGAGACCAGACAAUCUUAAACAUUCCAGGGAUUCUUAAAUUAACACCUACUUAAUAAUGAGUUAAUAGCCCUUUAUGCCUGUCUGAAAUCUCAAUAUUGCAUAAUACAAAAUUGACAUGAACCAAAAUAAAUUAAACUUUACAGCAAAAAGACUAUGUCAACUCAUUUGAAAAUCUUUUUACAGAAAUAUUUUCACUGGAAUUCAAUCAAAUCCAACCAUACACUUUAUAAGACAUCUAUGCAAUAAUUUGGUUGUUGACUCCCUCAGGUUCAUUUUAUAAUAAAAAAUAUUUUUUGAGAAAAUAUUGUUUUUAGCUAUUUUUAAAAUGAUGCAAACAAAUUGUCAUAAGAGCUAUAUAGUAUCUUUAUUUAUGUAUUCAGAUUUUUAUUCAUAGUUUAAACCAAAGAAUUUUCAGUAUUUUGUUAACAUAUAAACUACUUUCAAUCAGUCAUCAAUUUUCAUGUUUUUUUUAUAAACAAGAAUUGGUUUGCACGUCCAUUUUUUAUAGAUUUAAACUUAAAGCACAAUCAGGUCAAUAGUUCAUGUAGUUGUUUAAGAUUUGCAGUUCAGUUCGCACUGGUUAGUUUUAUUCAUUAAGUUUCAACAAAUCUUGAAAUCAACUAAAAUAGGUAUUUCAUGAAUCAAGUAAAGUAAGAAACUAUGUGUACUCUAAGUCCUUUGUUAUAUGUGCUAGUCAUUUUAAUAAUCAAUCAAAUUAUAUAAUUUUGUAAUAGACCACUUUCGAGUUCAUCCGUAACCGGAAAAAACUUGUCAUUUAUAUGCGCCUUUAUGACGUCAUUUACCAGAUAGAGAGGGUUGCCUUUAUCCCUGCACUAUUAACGUUCUUCAAGCGUCUAAGUGAUUGUCAUUGUGCAGGAUAAACUAGAAAAAAAGGUUGGUUCUGUAGGUAAUUAGUUUCCUAAUGACAACAGUGCUGAUUGUCUAUUUUGUGAAUUCAAUUUGCUGAAUAAUUCGUACAAUAUAGAAUUAUAGUUUUCCAACCACUCGCUCAACAUUGGAAUGGAAGUGACGAUGCCCCUAAACACACAAAUGACGUUCACUUAAACCAGAGUUUUUGACGGAAAUGCAUCAAACUCAAAAGUUGUCUAGUGCAUUGGUUUUUAAUUUAAUUUUAAGCACUAUUGCUUAUUUUUGUUAUUCUAAGCUGGUAAUGUCUUGUAUUAACAGCAGUAUUAUUUUUUUUUUUUUUUUUUUUAUCUUACUUCAAGUACUAUUGCUUAAUUUGCUAUUCCAAGCCGCUUGAAAUGACCGCAGUAUUAUACAUGUAUUUAGAGUAGUCAGAUUAUGUUGGUAAUUCUCAAGAUUUAUCUAAUCUCUUAGCCUAUUUAAACUGUUUAAUCUAUUAAAAAUCUAUACAAUAAAACAAUUAGUUAUUGAUGUGUUUUAAAUACUCAUUUAAUAAAAGAAAAUGAAAUCCAUAUGCAUAAAAUUUUAUUUCCACAAAUUAAAAAAGUAAAUGCCUGGAAAAUUUCAAGACGGUUAAGAAAUAUACACUCAUGAUAGAGCAGACAUACAUUUGUAUUUGCCGCUGAAUUUUAGGCAACCAAGAAUCAAUCUAUCAAUCAUCAUACGGCAGACAUCUUAGCUAGUAUAUAGGGUAAUAUGACAUGUAUGAUGUUGUAUGAAGGGCAACAUUAUUUUCAAAAACUGUCAUAAGUAAACUUCCAACAAUCCGAGGUAAAAAAUCUGGGAUAACAAAUCAGGGUAAUAUUUAAAAACAUGUUACCAUGGUGAUGGUAAAAUUUGGUCUGAUGACUUGAUCCUUACUUUACUAAUCUCAGAAAACAGUAUGAGACAUUGUUAAGCCAAAUUUAAACAAAAUUGUUGAUAAUCAACAUAUUUAGGUAUCCAUAUUUAAAGAACAUUGAUUUAAGACUUGAAAACUUUACAUUUAAUUAUUACAUGUUGUUGCAUUGUUUAAGUACAAUUUUAUUGUUAAUAUAUUAUACUGUUCACAUUUGAAAUAUAUUAUAAAGAUUUAAUUAUCAUUUUUGUGCCAAAUGGAAAUUGCAUUGUUUGCAUGAAUGGUGUUAAAAGUGUAACUACAGUUUAAAGAAAAAAAUGUGUUUAAUGUUGUGAAGGAUUUAAUCUCAUUUUCAUGUAAAUAUUAUGGAUAGUUUUUAUUUUAUUGUUAUUUCAUAUUUUUUUUAUUUUAAUUCUGAGUGGAUCAUGCAUUUAUUUUUUCUAUAUUUUCUUUGGCUACUGUUUGAUAGAUGUGGGGUAUAGCUAUAUUGGGGUAUGAAAUGGUUUCUAUAGAAACAACAGCCCAAUGGUAGGCAGCUUAUGAUGGUUGUACACAAUUUUGAGUUUUGUUUAUAUGAAAACAUCAGCUUUGCAUGUGUGUGUAAAUAGGAAAAUAAGAAUGAAUGUACACGCUUUUAUACAGGAAAUAUUUGACAAACAGAUCAUUCUCAACUCAUGACUUUCUUUCAUUGAGUUUUUUAGUUCUUUCAGAAAAGAAUUAUUUCUUCAAAUGUAAAAGUUAAAUGAUGGAGUUAAAAGCAGCAUAGAAUUGUAUUAUGGAGACCAAUAUUUUUAUUCUCUAAAAGCCCGGAAAUAGGCGAAACCCACUCUUUUUUUCUCUAGAAGCCCUGAAAUAGGCCAAACCCACUCUUUUUUUCUCUAGAAGCCCUGAAAUAGGCUAAACCCACUCUUUUUUUCUCUAGAAGCCCUAAAAUAGGCUGAACCCACUCUUUUUUUCACUAGAAUCCCUGAAAUAGGCCAAACCCACUCUUUUUUUCUCUAGAAGCCCUGAAAUUGGCCAAACCCACUCUUUUUUUCUCUAGAAGCCCUGAAAUAGGCCAAACCCACUCUUUUUUUCUCUAGAAGCCCUGAAAUUGGCCAAACCCACUCUUUUUUUCUCUAGAAGCCCUGAAAUAGGCCAAACCCACUCUUUUUUUCUCUAGAAGCCCUGAAAUAGGCUGAACCCACUCUUUUUUUAACUAUAUUUAUUUGAAGCAGGAAAGAAAUGUAUUUAAUAUGGUGACCAAUCAUUUGAAUUUAAUUUGAAAGAAUAAAAGUUGAAUUUGUUGAAAUAAAAGGGCAUUUGUUGGGGAUGGGAAACAUAUAACAUCUGUGCUCAUUUACAUUAUACUAUAAAAAAAGGUUUUUUUUCAGGAUUACAUCAAUCACAAUGUUUGAUUUGGUAAAAGCUGUGUUUUAAUAUUCAGAUUUGAGUGUUCAUUGUUCAUGUUGAAGGUAAAUCAAGAACAGGGCUUUGUAUGCAUACAUUUUAUAAAGUGUUGUUUUCAAUUUUUAUUGAGACUUUUUGCCUGUAUAUAUUGAUAUGGGCAAAUUUGUGUAUUUAAACAUAAUCAGUUAAAUGGAUGAGGCGGAAUAUGUUUGUUAAUUUCAUGU